AUGCCACUAGCACACCCCGCUAAAAGGGAGUGGCACGAGGAACCGGAGUCCAUCCACGUUAUCAUGCACGAAUGUCUGGGAGGCGAUGCCCUUCAUCGUAGCAUCAAAGCCGUCCCGGAGGACGCACAGCUGCAGCCGGAGGACUUUGUCCGCGUGGGUGACGUGAUCAAAUUCCUCCUCUAUGGGGUUACCCCUGGAACGAACUCCACGAUGACGGCGAACACCUCGACAACGCUUUCAAUGCCUCCUAGCAUUCCUACAUUGACGAGUGAGCCUCUUUCGAUGCUCCCGGUUCCGACUGAGACGACAACUGCUAUCGGCGUCUUAGCCGGCUCUUCUUUGGCCCCGGAAAGCCCUGCCGCUCUCACCACGCUCUCCACCCCUCUGACCUCGUGCGGACCGACCAGCUCUCCCGGCGGGUGGGCCAACGCCACCACUGCGAGUAGCUCUUCUAUGACUUCCUCGGGCGGUUGGCCCGGCCGUCCGACCAUGGCCGCGUGGAACAGAACAGUCUUGAUCACUUCCAACAACGUGUCCUCCACGUCCGCUGCUAUGCCUGAUGCGGCCGGACCGCUCAAUCUCCCCAGCAUCCAAAACGGUACCACGAAUGCAACGAACACAUCCGCUUCCAAGCUAGCCCAGCGCCAUGCCCAAGGCCACAUCAUCCGCCCAGCUCGCAUCCAAGACGGCAUGACAGGCGCUCCAAAACGUGCUUCUACAGCAGCGCUCCUCCACCUCAUGCCAAACAAAGAAGUCCUAAACCCCUACGCCCUCAACCACAAACACAUCAGUGACCUCCCCUCCUACACCACCAGGCACACGAGUCCCAUUGCGGCCGAAAACCCCACUUCAAAUCCGGUUUUCUCUAGCACUGCCCUGCCCUUAGACGCUCAUGCCUCAGCCCCUUCGUCUGUUGUCGCACUCCGCGCCAGCACUCCUCUUGCGUGCUUUAUAGGCCUCCUCCUCAGCAUGCUCACCCUGCUAAGUUUAGUCUGCCUAUUCGUAAACAGGAGGAGGGAGAAGGAGAAGCGGGCAGCGGAGGAGGAGACAGAGGGGGAGAAGGCGCAAUGGCCCGUUGAGAUGUUGCCAAAGUAUGAGGGGUUUGGAGGAGGCACAUCUCUUUCCCAUUGCGCUCCGACUUCAGUCCAUUGCCCACCAAUCCGCGAACGAACCAAAAGAGAAAAUGCGCCAUACAAGGGAAAAAUUUUUUUGCAACAACGGGAAUUUGCCAGUGGUCGUCCACCUAGCGAGCAAGUCGAGGCGAAAACAUCCAGCACAGCGAGCGGAUCGAGUGCAGGAGGGCGAGCAGCCAGCGAACAAGCCAAGGCAGAAACAUCCAGCACAACGAGCGGAUCGAGUGCAAGAGGGUUGGCAGCCAGCGAGUAA